CGGCGCUGCUUGCAGCCUUGCGAGUCUGCAAACAAGCGGGAAUUGAGUCGAUUCUUAGUAUGUACUGUGAUUUUUUUUUUCGUUCGUUAUCUUCAUAAUGGUACGUUGUGUUGCUGCUAAUUGCAAAAACGGGUACAGGAAUACUUCAAGCGGAAGUAAAUAACAUUUCACAGACGUAAUGAGCGACGGAAAAAAGACGACACCAUGAACAACAUGAACUCGGAGACUUACUUCAACGACAUCCCCUUCCUCGGAGAACCGUCGGGCAGGCCCUACGUCCCUGUGAACCAGUUCAGGGUCAUGACUCCGCCGAGGCCUCACGGAUUCGCUUACUCGCCCCCACCUGGAGGGAAUUCGGUAAUGAGUCGUCCUAGAAACAUGAGUAUAGAUGCCAUUCGCGCUCGCAGAGCGCGACUGGAAGCUCUCACCUCGAAAGUCAAGCUGCCACCCCUCGUCACCAAUGGAGGAGACGUGGAGCUGCCUCCUCUGGACCCUACCAGCUCUGCGGUGUCCAUAAGAUCGGGAUCCAGCGACUCUCAGGAGCGAUGGCUGAGUGCGACGAUGAGACCUCCCAGCACCAAGGGCCACCCUACUGUACCUUUUGUGUAUGCGGCGGCUUUUAACCUUCCCACUCUCAGUCUUAGUCCGAUGAAGCCUUACCACAACCCGCUUCCAGACAUCAGCCGGGAAAAGGUGGUAGAGGAGGAGGAGCCGAUGAUGGAAACGGGUCUGGAUUCCCCGCCGCCUCCCACGGAAGAGGACACCGCCAAAGUUAGCAAGUGGGUAGAGCAGCUUCCGGACGAAGCUGACACUGCGAAAGAAGACGACGAAAGCAUCGCAGAAAAAACGUCCACGGUGGAUGAAGACAUCGUCGAGAACUGGGAGGAGGAAGAGGAACUUGGAAGGUCGGUCAUUGAUGACCCUAUAUCUGAGAAACUAGGCUCUGCAGGCAAGGCAUCUAGAGUUUCCAGCUUUAAAGGACCUGUGCCAGAAAAUGUAGAUAUUGCAGAAACUUUGCCAGACCAGGAGAACACAGAAGUAGAACAGUUGUAUUUGGGAGAGCCUUCAGGUAGUCCAUCGCAGAUUGUAGGAGUGGAUGUAGAAGAAGACACAACCUCUUAUACAGGACUUAGCCAACUGUUCACUGUCAUAAGAGACAGGGAAAGUCGAAAUGAGGGGCAAACUCUAACCGAGACUGAUUUACCAGUACAGGAUAUCGAAAUUGGGGGAGACAACAAAGAAGAAGAAGAUAGGAUGCCCAGUCCUGUACAAUUAAUAGACGAAACUUUGGUAGCCUCAGAAACUGAGCAAAAAGAUGAAAUGCCGUGGAAACAAGCAGACAGUAUUUUCACUACCUCUCCUGCAAGUGUCAAGGACGAUUUAUUCAAUUUUGACAAUGGCAAGGAUAUGCCUUCUGAGAACGAUGCAGACAACAACACAAACAUUGAAGAAAAUACAGAGGUAGAGGACAUAGUUACAGAUAUCACUGAGGUCAAACCUAUCGAAUCCUCAGAAAAUCAGGACCUUGAAUUGGGUGGUGAAAAUACAGACACCAAAAACCAAGACGGAGAUGAUGCUGAGGAAAUCAAUCAUUUUGACAAAAUAAGUAACCAUUCAGGAGACAAUGAGGUUACAACACUGGAUGGUGAAAACUCAGAAAUAAAAGACCAGGGAGGUGAUGAUAAUAAUGAUAAUAACUUCUUUAGCUCAGACACAGCACCCAACCCUUCAGAUCAAGAAUUUGAACUGGGUGACGAAAAUUCAGACACAAAAGACCAAGUGGGUGAUGAUGAGACUAAAGAAACUGCUAAUUCAGACCAAGAAAACAUCAUCCCUUCAGAGGACCAAGGGCUUAAAUUAGAAACAAGUGAGGUUGGAGAUGAUGAUCAGAUUGAAGAAGUACUUCGUCCAGACUCUAAGCUUUCUUUCCAGAACACUGAAUCACUGCUUCCAAAUGAAGCUGAGAAUCAGAGUAUGCAAAAUCCAGCUGGUCUCCCAGGGAGUGUUCAGUUAGAACCAGAAGGUUCUGGUGAGGAGACUAAUAUUCCAGAGGAUCUGAAAUUUCUAGAGAAAAAUGCAGACGACAGUGAGUCACUGACUGAAGAUAUAGACUUCAUGAUGCCUACAAUUAGUCCAGAUAGUGGUAAGCUAGACUCAGGAUCAUCUAAAUCAGCUGGCCAUAGUGAAGGGUAUUUUGGGAGCACUGAUCAAGUUAGUCCAAUUCCUGAUCAGGAUAAUAACUCUGAGAAAAUUAAAGCAUCUGAUAUCAUAAAAGAUUUGAUAGAAAAAGACAGUCUAAAUGACGUCAUAGAAACUGGUGAUGAUGUAGAAGAUAUAAACACAGAUAAAGAUCAAUUUAACGAUGUUGAUUUGGAUUUUUGAAAACCCUAGACUCAUCAAAGCCGCGAAAAUUCUUUCAAAGGCUUAGUAUACGGCGUUAUUAAUUUCUUAAGACAUCUGUAGACUAUAAAAGGUGUUUGCUAAUGAUUGCUGGUAGUGCGAGUUUUUUAGGUUUUCCCUGAAAGUACGGUACAAUGAGUGACUUCUCAGUGAUGAGGUCAUUAAAGUAGUCCCGCCAAAACUUGGCAGAAGUAUUCGAUGGCAUAACUUUUCCUUCAUUUUUCUUGAGAAAAAAUCUCUUGUUAAUAAUCGGACAAUGUGUACAAGUGAAUGAUACAGUAGUUUUCAUCUGUAUCCUAUAAAUUCAAGCGUUCCUGCUGUUGUUGUGGAGUUGUAUCUAGAGAAAUGAUAAUGCAAAUUACUUCAAUAUUACUAAUGACAGAAACUGUGUCGAGAAUUGGUAAACGUAUGUGAAAAUGACAUGCGAUGGUUAUUGGCAGAAAAUUAAUCUUCACUUUCAAUCACCCCCACAGUGUCGCCAUCUAUCAUCAGCAAACACCAGAUAUGGUACUGUAGGGACAGAGUACAUUUCCAGAGUCCACGUGAAGUGUACACACGUUGUCUCUUCACCUUUCCCUUGGUACUUAUCAUGACAAUGUUCGUUCUCUGACACAGUUGAGAGUUCUUUCACAUUGGCAACUUUCCUUUUCAUGUAACUAGACUAAGAAUCUCUUACUUCUAAAAACUAUUCUGCAAACUAGACAAAAAUAAUAAUGUAUUUCUGUAAGAAUAAGGAAUUUCUGAACUGACUUUCUGACGAUUGUAUAUACGGGAGAAAGUUAAGAGUUGACGGAGAAGAAAGGGACUAGUGUAUAGCCCAAGCCUCCAGAAAACUCGUCUUCACAGAUCCUGAAACUCAUUGUGCGAUGGUGGACCAAAGGACAUAACGGCAUGGUUAUGGUUUCCCUGGAUGUUUUAGUGUGUCAUUCUUAGUGGAAUAGAUGUAAACAUUCAAGUAGUAACUGUAGCUCUUGUAAUAAUGUAUAUGUGAUUAUAUUUUCAAUAAAAUCUUCAAGGUGA